GUCAGGCACAUUGAGUCUCUACAGGGGAAUCGUGCCUUGCCUUUCCCUUUAGCAUUCCUUCUGUCUUCUACCUUUUAUUCCAUUUUUACUCAGAAUUUCCAAGAAGCCCGGGCCUUUUUGGCUUUCUUUGAAGCUGCAUAUUCUUACCUUUGGUCUGUAUGAGCUAUAUCAUAAGCUGUUUCAUGACCGCUGCCUCGGUUCUUUUUCAGCAAGAUAUUGUGACAGGGACUGUCACUGAUAGACGAGCCAUGCUUGGUGCUUUUCUGUGUGUUUAAGAGUGUGUGCGUGUGUUGAGGCCUGGACUGGGAAGGUCUAGCUCUAACCUGCUGCUAUUAAUAUCGCCUAACGAACAUAAUCUGGAGGAUAGGUUAUCCUCUUACAUUUGUUGGCUAGUCUACCAGGGGGAGGGCUGGACAUGCAAAGAGGGCGAGCCCGUAGCAGUUUCGUUUCCAAACUUACUGGUCACCGUUCAUAGUUCUUUAUCUCUCCCUCUCUCUCUCCCACUCUCUCGCUCAUUGGUGCUUAAUUGACAGAAUAGAAACCAAAACAUAGUUGAGUUAUGUUUCUUCUCUCUCUCCUCCCCUCUUUCAAUGACUAAAUAGUUUUACUAGUCGAGAAGGGGUAGAACGUGCCUGAGUAUGUGUACAUGAUGUGUGCUUACUUGCAAUAAUAAUAGUUUAAAUAAAGUCUACAGUGGAAAGCCAGUUGUAUCAAGUUAUGAACAAUCUACCAGCCUAUUCAGGAGCUAGAAUAUCUGCCUGUUGGAACCUCGGCGGCGGUGGCGGCGAAGGCUCUGGUCUGGACCGGCUACUCCCCACGGUGAGCACCGGCCUGUCGCCGAGGAAGCGGACCACCAGCCAAUGCAAGUCGGAGCCCCCUCUCCUGCGCACCUCCAAGCGGACCAUAUACACCGCGGGCCGCCCGCCCUGGUACAACGAGCACGGUGCCCAGUCCAAGGAGGCCUUCGUCAUCGGCCUGUGUGGAGGAAGCGCAUCAGGGAAGACCACAGUGGCCAGGAAGAUUAUCGAGGCCCUUGAUGUCCCUUGGGUUGUCCUACUGUCCAUGGACUCCUUCUACAAGGUCCUGUCCAAAGAUGAGCAGAACCUGGCUGCCGAUAACAACUACAACUUUGAUCACCCAGACGCCUUUGACUUUGAUCUGCUGACACACACGCUGCGCAAACUCAAACUGGGCAAGAGUGUGAAAAUCCCUGUGUACGACUUUACGACUCACGGGCGACAGAAGGAGUGGAAAACGGUGUAUGGCGCGAGCGUUGUCAUCUUCGAGGGGAUCAUGUCCUUUGCAGAUAAAGAACUGCUGCAGCUGCUGGACAUGAAGAUCUUUGUGGACACGGACUCGGACAUCCGCCUGGUGCGCCGGCUGCGGAGGGACAUCACGGAGCGGGGGCGGGACAUCGGGGGCGUCAUCAAGCAGUACAACAAGUAUGUGAAGCCCGCCUUCGACCAGUACAUCGAGCCCACCAUGCGGUUGGCAGACAUCGUCGUACCGCGAGGUGGUGGCAACAUGGUGGCCAUUGACUUGAUUGUGCAGCAUGUCCACAGCCAACUGGAAGAGACCACUCUCUCGCUCUCCUCUCCAAACCACCAACCCCCAACCCUGCCAUCGCUCACAGCGAGAGCUCAGCGUCAGAGGAAACUACGCUGGGAUAUGGCAGCUCUGGCCUCGGCCCACCAGGCCCAGCCCCUCCCGCAGACCCUCAGUGUCCUGGAGAGCACCCCCCAGGUCCGGGGGAUGCACACCAUCAUCAGAAACAAGGAGACCAGCCGUGACGAAUUCAUCUUCUACUCCAAGAGGUUGAUGCGGUUGCUGAUCGAGCGGGCGCUGUCCUUCCUCCCCUCUCAGUCCCACACCGUCCAGACGCCCCAGGGAGAGGACUACGAGGGCAGGUCCUUCGACGGAAAGAGGGUGACGGGUGUGUCCAUCCUGCGGGCCGGGGAGACCAUGGAGCCAGCCCUGAGGGCGGUCUGCAAGGACGUCCGCAUUGGCAAGAUCCUCAUCCAGACCAACCAGGACACGGGGGAGCCAGAGCUCCACUACCUGCGGCUGCCCAGGGAGAUUGGGGAGGACCACGUGAUCCUGAUGGACUGCACCGUCUCCACGGGCGCUGCCGCCAUGAUGGCCGUCAGAGUUCUGCUGGACCAUGACGUCCAGGAGGAUAAGAUCCUGCUGGUGUCCCUGCUCAUGGCGGAGAUGGGAGUCCACUCCGUGGCCUACGCCUUCCCCCAGGUCCAGAUCAUCACCACAGCGGUGGACAAGGAGGUCAACGAUCUGUUCCACAUCAUCCCCGGCAUCGGUAACUUUGGGGAUAGAUAUUUCGGUACCGACGCGCCCCCGGAUUGGAGCGACGACGAGAUGGAUGAGCCCAGUUACUGAUUGUCUGGCAGUGAGAGCAGCGGCUGACUCACUGUCUGGAAUGGCACUGAGCGACUGUCUGCCAGUGAACUACUGUAACCUGCCCCGGUGAUUCAGCAAGAUGACGUUUUGAGGACAAUGUUUCAAAAAAAUCCCAUAGUGGCCGCACUGGGCGGUAACAUGAAUCCUUUGCUGUCAGGGGCCAAUACUGACGAGGUGAUCUUCAUAUGAGUGCCCCAGAAACGGUUGUAGACACAAAGAAGGUUUCAGAAUGUAUAUUAUUUUGUAUUGAGAUUUGUUUGAAUCUUUGUUUAUUUGUAUUUUAUUUUGUGGACCGUUAAAAAGCGCUGUCUUUGUUCUAUAGAGUUACAAAGUAUGUGCACCUGUUGCCAAAUGUAUUCUUUGCAAAAUGUCAUUUUAUUAUCUAAAUUAGUACAAUUAUUUUAAAGGGGGUAUCAAGCUUUAAGUCGUGCAGUAUGGAAGGAUACACUUGCAUGCACUAUCAAAAACACAGCCAUGUGUGGGCUAAAGACUUGCUGUAAUACUGUUUUCUUCUAAUGGCUACAUGCAAUCCUCAGACUGUUCAACAAUGUGUAAGUGCAUCUGCUUGUUUUUUUUUUACCUGCUUUUUUCUCUUCAAUGUGCACAUACAUUCUUCAUAGAGGUCAAGCCUGUUUUUGGCCAUUUGUUUUUUUUUAUGCCGUGACUUGGCAAUUGCUCUAGUAUUCACUUAGCAGUGUUCAUUUGUCCACUUCCAUUUUUAAUCUAUGGAUCUGGUCUGGUCCUGUCAGCAUGGUCAUAUAUCAGUAGGUGAGUAGGGAAUUGGCAUUUUCAACAGAAAAGCAACCACACACAUGAUUGAUACUGCUUUAUCCAAUUUGUUUGACCUGAUUUAUCAUAAUUUAACUGAAUUGUAUAAAGUACAGAGAAGUGAAGAGAAGUGCUUGGGUAGUUAAAAUUAUUUUUAAAUUGCCAGGGACUGAAAUGCCUUUGAAUUACAAACGGUAUGACUUGAAUUAUUAAUUGGUUCCAAAAAUCCCUCAAGUGCUAUAACGUAAUGUGGCGAGGAUAAUGAUUUCACUGUGACAGUGAAGAACCCUAAUUUAAAAAAAAAAUUGUGACAAUGGCAAUGCAUAACCAAAGCAGAUUGAAAGGUGAGAUAAUAUGUAUAGAUGCAUGCUUCUCAGCAGAUAUUCUUGUGAUGGCUAGGUUAGGUGGCUCCUCGGUUAUGCAAAUUGGUUUUAACACGUUACCUAUACGUUAACUAUAGUUGCUUAAAUAAGGGUAACUUGUAUUAUUGUUAUCAUUAUUAUGUUAAUAUGAUUUUCUGAAGAUGUUUGCUUUGUGCUGCUUACUGUAGUGUAUAGUCUACUUCAGAUAACUGCAAUAUGUUUAUUUAUCGAGAGAGUUUAGUUUGUUCCUUCAUUUUUAAGAUAAAUAAAGAAACCCCUAUUGUAUUUAUAUUUUAUUCAUUUUGAAAAAUUGAAGCUUCAUGUAUUAAUAUAUUGUUUUGAAAUUCCAGUUAAUGCUCAAUAAAACAAUCACUUCUUUAUUUA